AUGAUACUCCAACAGAAGCGAAAUGUCGGUUUUAGGCAAUAUCGAAAACCUCCAGACCCUCACUUCUUGCUUCCAUUCGACCCUGAUAUCAACUGGUUUAGAGGAGCUUCUCUUUAUGUGUGGUAUCUUGAGACAGAUCGCAUUCACCAAUUCUUAUUCGCUCCUAAUCCACUAGACUUUGGUGAACCCGGAAAUUGCCAGCUUGAAAAACCUAAAAUCUCUGAAAAUGGCGAGUCAUCUAAGCAAAAUACAAGUCCACCUGAAAUUGAAUACAAUGUGACUGCUGCUAAUGCUUUGGAGCUUUAG